ACAUUUGCGCGCGCUUUUGUGAUGUUCAGGGUUAGGCUUCAGAGCAGGGUGCAUUGGGGUGCAUCGUAUGGAAUUGUGUUUGAUACACAGUGGCAAUCUUAUUUUUUGAAAAAUGUAUAAAUGUCUCCAUUAGUUGAAACGUUCAGAGUAUUUUGGAACGAGAGAUAAUAGCGGUAGUUCGUAUAUAUUUCAGAGCUCAAUAAUAUUUUCCGUCGCUAUCUAUCAUGCCAGUACGACUAGAUUCUGAAGACGACGUGAUGACGUCGAAUAACAUCGAGGAUUCUGAUGAGGAUAUUGUUACAGUCAAACGUCAUAAGAGCAGUUGCAUUAAAAGUGAUGAUAGUGAUGAGGAAAUCGACACUGACUUGCCGACUAAAAAUGAUUACGAACAUGAAAAUCCUACACAGAGUGAAAGUAAUGACAGAGAUUUAAAGAAUGACACAUCAAGCGAUGAUGAAAUUUUUAUUUCAUCACGAAAAGUUUCAGAAUCUACGGAAAAUGGAUUACGCAAAGAAAACGAAUUCUCAUCUUUACCUACUCCAUUUACAGAAACAACGGAGCAGGGAAGAAAUUUCAAACAUCUUUUCUCAAAUAAAGAUCUCUAUGACGCCGAAGAUUCAGAGGAUGAUAUUAAUCCUUCCAGUACUAAUACACAAGAAACUGAAAUAUCAAAUAGCUAUGAUGCUGAAGGAUCUAGUGAUGAAGGCACAAAACAGAAAAAAUCUGCUGAGAAGAAAUCAAAGUCAUCAAAGAAUAGGACUCUUGAGAAGAAAUCAAAAUCAGCAAAAACUAAUGAUAAAAAGAAAGAAGUUGAUGAAAUUCACAGUGAAACUCAACGGCUCGUCCGUCAGUCACGUGUCUCUCUCCCAUAUCACAAACCUCGUCAACGAACUUUGGCAGAGUUUUUACAAAGACGUCCAUCUGUUCCUACUAAAUCAAUACGAAUGUCAGCAGAUGAAUUGAAACUCUUGGCGAAGCAAGUGGCAAAGAGGGCUAAAGAAGCUGAAGAGUUCUAUAAAUCAAGUUCAGACGAAGACAAGCCAUUGAAGCCGGAAUCAACUCAGGAAAAGAAAUUUGAUGAACCCUGUGGCGAUCCACAAUCAAAAUCUAUUGCAAAUAACAAUGAUCAAAUUGAAAAAGGAGAAUCACCAAAAGAUAUUGAGAAUGAAAGUGAUGAAAUCUGUGUGGUCAAAAUUGGUAGUGCUGAAGAUGGCUUUAAAACAAGUGUGUGUUUCCCUGAUAAUAGUAGUAAUGUAGAAAAAACAUGUGGUAGCAAAACAAGCAAUGCGAAUGUCAAGAUUGCUACAGAAGAUUCUAGCAGUUUUCAAGUUGUGGAUAAUGAUACAGAAAUAUUUGUAAAUUCAAUUGAAAAGGAACUGCAACAAACAAGAAGUGCAAUGAACAAACAAUGUAUCAGAGAAAGUGGAAAUGUCUCACCAGCUUGUGAUGUGAAAGUGAAAAUAAAUUCGGUAGCUCCAUUUGCAUAUGAGGAUGUAGAUUCACAAGACCUGUGUUUGAGAAUUGAUGAUACUGAAACCGGUGAAGAAAGGCGAGUUGAGCAAAAUAUUUCUAAUACAAUAAAAAUAGCUCCUAACUCAGAAAAAGAUGAGAAAAUGAUUGAGGAAGAAAAACCUGUAAACAGAGCAAAUGAAGAAUUGGAGUCUCAGGAUUUGUGCUUACGAAUUGAGGAUUCAGUAUCAGUGGAUAAAGUAAUUGACGAAAACAAAGAAAAAUUACACUCUGAGAAACUGUUUUCCAAAUCUGUACCAAAAAUAAUGACCACUGAAGAUUAUGAAAAGUCAGUUCUGCAUAAAAGUACUGUGUGUUCAAGACAGUCCAUUCCUAUACCAGAAGAAAUAGAUUCACAGGAUCUUUGUCUUAGAAUUGAAAACUCAGAUACGCUUUAUGCAGUUGACAGCGAGAGUAGUGUGAAGUCUGUACAAGGAAUGCAUGUUUCAAAGGGAUUUGAAAGUGCAUUAGAUGAGGGAAACAAAAACAAACUCCUACACACAAAUGAUAAAUUUUAUUCUGGAAAUAACAGUGCAGUAGAUGAGGCAGAUUUAAAUGAAAGCAAGUCAAGAAACACAUGUUUGUUGCUUUACAGGGAUAAAUGUGAUUUAUUGAAGGGUAAGGAAAAUCAUAAAAUUCCACUCUGUGAAGAUGAGACAUUGAAGAACUCUUCUCGAAAAAAUUUAAUAAAUCUCUUUUCUGAAUCAGAAUCAGGGUCUAAAGAUGUCUCUUUAGAUUGUAUCGGAGAAAACAAAGAAAAUACCAUUCCAAAAGCAAAUUCCGUUAAAUUAAUUUUAGAAGGUGAAGAAACAAGACUAGCAUUUGAACACGAUUGCACGUCAACAAAUGGAAAGGCAACAACAGAAGAUAGUGCAACAGGUAGUGUAGAAAAGCACAAAUCUAAUUUUUUGAUUCCUGAAGAAUAUCACUUAGAAAGUACAGAUAAUAGGGAAGAUCUUAUGGAAAAGAAAAAAGAGCAUUCCAGACAGUCUUACAACUUACUUCAGCGUGUGAAAGAUGCUUCUUCAGACAGUAAUGAAAAUGUUAUGAAUGCAAUACAAAAAUUGAGAGGAGGUGAUGAUGCAAAAAAUGCAAAAUUGCUUCGAACUAUGUCUCUAUUAGAAGACAGAUUCAAAUCAACACGCAAAUCAUUGAAAUUACAGAAAGAAAUACCUCAAUUAAAAGGAAGUCCUAGUAAAGUAAUAGAUUUAGACGAUACACCCAGUACAUGUGAUAUAAAUGUAUUGAAGCGGAGAUUUCUAAGGCAUUCUUUCCCUAAACUUUCAGCUCCUCAGAAAACUAGUGUUGAUGUCAGUGUUGUUGUGGCAGAGAAAGGGCCAAGUGGGGAGAUGGAAGUGAAAAAAGAGAUAGUAACUGUGGAAUCUGAAACAGAAAACUUAUUAGGAUCUCGGGAAAAACUUCUUAAAUUGAAGGAAGAAUUACAAAGACAAAUUGUGAAGGAAAGAGAAGAAGAAUGGAAUAGACGUCAGUUAGAAGCAAAGGAAGCUUAUUCGGAAACCUAUGACGAAAAAUCUGAAUGUGGACUGUUUGAUGAAGAUGACGAAGAAAUUUCAGAAAGUGAUAAUGCAUUAAACUCAGAUAAUGAAAGUGAAGAUGAUGAGGAUGACGAGGAAGAGGAAGAAGAAGUAGAUGAAGCUCAAACAGAACAUAAAAGUAAAAAACCAUCCUGUGCAUUUGUGGAUGAUGAGGCUGAGGUUUCAGAAGAAGAUGAGUGUGAUGAAUCUGGAAACUCUGAUAAUGAUGAUGAUGGUGAUGAUGAGCAUGAUCUUGAUAAUGAAGAGAAUAAAUUGAUAUUAGAAGAGACCUCUUCAACCAAAGAUACAAAUGAAGAAGUUAUUGAAAUAAUUUUAUCAAAUAGUUCUUUGAAGAGAAUGAAGACUAUAGAUCCAUUUGAAUCUCAAGAAGGUGAUGUAACAAAUGAAUCGGUAUUGUCAUCUUCAAUGAAACAAGUUAAAAGAGCUGCUGAUCCAUCACAGUCUCAGGACACUGAUGUCGAAUUGGAAAGCUCGUUAAGUAUUCCUCCCUACCAACCUGGUGGAGCCAUUUCUCAAAUAACAGAUCCUGUUGGUGAAGAGUCAUACAUAGACAUUCUGCCUCCUACUUUACCAGUACUUCAUAAGGAGGAUGAAAAUGCAGAGAAUGUCUUCUCACAAUUUCCUCAAACUUCAGCAUCAUACAGUGAUCUAGGCAUCCAAAACAAUACAAAUGAAGCAGAUGCAGCUGAAGCAGAACUCCUAGGUUUGUGCUCUGGCAAAUUCACUUCUCAAAUGCCUGAAAUUUCACAAGAAGACAUGGAUUCUGAAAGUGAUUUAGGUGUAUCAGGAAAGAAAACACAAGGUAUUAAAUCUUUUGAAAACUUUUUGCCAUCAAACAAGUAUGAAGAAGAGAGUUGCUCUGAAGAUGCAAAAAGUGAUUUGGUUGCAAAAGGAGAAAUAAACAAAGAAGCUAAAAAGAAUAAUUCUUCAUCUGCAAAUAGGAAGAAAUUUGUUAUUUUAUCAGAUGAUGAAGAUGAGCCAGAAACUAAAGUUUCAAAGAAAACACAACCAAAAUUGAUAUUUUCAGAUGAUGAAGAUGAAAUUGAAUUGGAAACAAGUGAUGUGGAGUCUACUUUUGAGGCUGAUGAACCAGAAGAAGUAGAUUAUGAUUCCGAAGAAAAUGAAAUUGUUCUUAAGCCUGCUGCUGCUAAAGAUUUCUUUGAAAAUGAAGCAGAAUUAUCAGAAUCAGAGUGGGGAAGUGCUGAUGAAGAUGAGAAAGAUUUGGAUGAUUUUGAAGAGGAGGAAGGAGAUGGGGAGACUUUGGAUCAAAAUAAAGUUAAGGAGCAGUUGGGCAAAAUCCACAUGCGCCGAGUACUAGAUGAAGAUCAACAGGAAGUUCGAAGGCUGCAGGAGCUCUUACUAGAAGAUGGAGAAUUUCAUAGUGAGGGAGGAGGCCGCCAAAGACAGUUCCGUUGGAAAAAUCUAAAUAAUACAGAUGACUUCCAAACUUCUAAAAAAUCGGAUGAUGAAACCGUUGGGGAUGAUGAUGAAGAGGAAGAUGAAUCAGAGUGGCGGCGCAAGAGAUUUGAACGUGAAACUUUUCUUGAAGAACACAGGAACUCCUUAGAAAAAGAAGAAGAAGAGCCCCUGAUUGAUACAAUUAAACUUAAAUUUAAAACUCCAGAACUAGUCCCAAGGAAAACAGGAGUGAUAAAGCGGGGCUCCUUUUUGUCUCGAAGUGAAGCAGCUUUAGCACGAAUAGCACAAAUAACUAAGAAUAGUGGUGAACUUAAUCUAACAGCACCAACACAUUCACGCAAUUUUGUGUUUGCCCACUUGAGCCAAGAUGCCAAAGAACAAGAAAGAGGCACUAAAAGGAAAGCUGUCAAAGCAGAAACUCCUGUUGCUAAAAAAAUGCGUGUGAACGUUUGUCUUUUGGACCAGAUAGGUUGAAUUUUUAAAAACUUUUUUUCUUACUUUUGUGUAAAUUUAUUCUGUUUAUUUCACAUGUACAGUAACUUUUAUAUAAAAAAAAGACUAUAUUGUACAUAUUACGUAAUUACAUUUCCACUUAUCAAGUAUUUGUUUGAAAAUUUUUCUUCUUGUUUGUACUUUGAAUUCAAAUGCAUAUGAUGUAUUUUUUAACUAGAGACCUGUAAAAUUCAAAUAUUUCACAACUGGCUUGACGACAUUUUAAAAGACUUUCAUGGUACUGUUCUUGAGAAAAUACACCUGAGGUGUGUGAUGCUACCAGAUUUUUCUUUGCACUAUCAAACACAAAGGUUAAUGAUGCUUUACUUCCCGUAAGAUCCUUGUCACUAGGAUCUAAAAUGAUGUCGUCUUCACUAAUCAUGCAACUCACAGCUGCAACAAGAAACUUCAUAGCUAUCCCAGAAUCCAUUAAUGCCAUACAAGCAGCAUUAAUACAACAUGACAACAAACCUCCAGAGUCUUGCAUUUCCUGCAAUACAAUACAUACUGCAGUCCUUGGAUGGAUUGCAGACAGCAAGGCAGUCUCACAUGUAUUUUUAAUAAUAGUUUCUCUCAUUCUAUCUGCUACAUUGGGUAAUCCACUUUUUGGCUUGUACACUGUCUCGAUGCUCGCUUUAUCCACAAGAAUCCUUUGAGGUUUGACAUCCACUGGACCAUAUACUGCUGCAACAACGGCUGUAUUCCCUUUGAAUAAUCAUUGCUGAGCCAUCCGGGCGAGAUAAUACAUUUAAUUCGCAACGAAGAGGCCUCAACCAUUGUUCUUGAACAUUGAAGAUUGCGGUAUCUUCCAUUAUUAUAGUUCAAAAUGCUGUUGAAUUGUUUUCUUCAAUCUCGCUUGAUCCAACUGAAAUUACUUUUUGAGGUUAAGUCUGAAUAGUACGCAAACACAUAGCACCGCUUUAUAAAUCAAACUAUAUCACGUGAUUUGGCGCUGUCCCAGAGAGUAUAUAAAUGUGUUCUUCCAGAGAGUUUUGUAUAUUUCAUACACCGUGAUUGUAUCACAAAGCAUUGAGCCACGAAGAAAAAACACCUGACCAGAAAAUCGAAAUCGACCUAUUAACAAUAGAUGAGCUAGUGAUAGCGAUUGCAACAAUCAAAUGUAGAAAAGCUUGCGGACCGAAUGAAAUAAAUUUAAGAGCUAUUUAAGUACGUGGUACCC